CUGGAAGUAGGGGUAGCGGGUUGCUGGAGGGCGCUUCGGUGACUGCAGCCUCACGGCCGGGCGGACUGCUGCAGGAUUGGGAGCCGCCUUCGAGUCUUCUGCACCGGGGCGACUGUGCACGCUGGCUCCCUGCCCGGCCCUCGGCCCCAGCACUGCACCCGCAGACCCGUGCGCCCCCCAGGUUCCUGGGCGCCGGGCCCAGCUCUUUGGAGGACCAUGUCGUUGGAGUUUGGCAGUGUAGCACUGCAGACACAAAAUGAAGAUGAAGAGUUUGACAAAGAAGACUAUGAAAGGGAAAAAGAGUUGCAGCAGCUCCUCACAGACCUCCCUCACGACAUGCUGGAUGAUGACCUCUCCUCUCCUGAGCGCCACGAUUCUGACUGCAGCGUGGAUGGCAGAGCCGGAGAACUGCAUCUUUCUGAGGAACUGGAGAGGAACUGGAUUGAGCGUGACAUACUGCCCAAAUCUCACCUUGUGAAUUGUGGCAAUGGCUGGGAAGAAAAUCGAGGUAAAGCUGAAGACCUGCAUCUUGGGUACCAUUCCGGAGAAGCCGGAGAUGAGGGCGGAAGUGGCUAUAGCCCUCCAAGUAAACGCGAGCCAGCAGAUUUGUAUCACCUUCCUGAAGACUUCAGGCCAUACACCGGUGGUCAGAAGCAGGAAUUUCACAAGCAGGCAGCCGGUGUUGUGACAUUUUCAGAUCCUCAGAGAGACAAGUUUCAGCAAUUUGGUUCAUCUGAGGGACCCAGCUGUCAAGCUUUGGAGCCGUAUAAAGUGAUCUAUAAACCAUUCCAGUCUUCCGGCCAGAGCACUAGCUCACCAGCCCAGGAGAUAGCAGCAAGUGACAUGUUUGAUGGCCUGCAGCAACAAUUUUUAGGAGCCAAUGAAACAGACUCUGCAGAAAAUAUACAUAUUAUUCAACUCCAGGUUCUUAACAAAGCAAAGGAGAGACAGCUGGACAGCUUAGUUGAAAAGCUGAAUGAGAGUGAACGCCAGAUUCGGUAUCUGAACCACCAGCUUCUCAUCAUCCAAGAUGAGAAGGAUGGCUUGACCCUCAGCCUUAGGGAAUCCCAGAAACUCUUUCAGAAUGGAAAGGAAAGGGAGAUCCAGCUUGAAGCACAGAUAAAAGCACUAGAGACCCAAAUUCAAGCAUUCAAAGUCAGCGAAGAAAAGUUGACCAAGAAGGCCAGAACAACUGAAAUCACUCUGGAAAACCUGAAACAGCAACUGGUGGAGCUCCAUCAUCCUGAGUCUCUUCAGCGAGCCAAAGAGCAGCACGAGAACAUCGUCACGGGCCUCACACAGAAGUAUGAAGAGCAGAUGCUGUCCUUACAGAAGAAUUUGGAUGCUACCCGAACAGCACUUCAGGAGCAGGAAAGCGUUUGCGUCCGUUUAAAGGAUCACGUGCAGCAACUGGAGAGGAAUCAAGAAGCUGUCAAAUUGGAAAAGACUGAGCUCAUUAACAGGCUGGCGAGAAGUCUGGAGGACAGCCAGAAGCAGUGCGCCCACCUGCUGCAGUCAGGCUCCAUGCAGGAGGUGGUUCAGCUACAGCUACAGUUGCAGCAAGCACAGAAGGCCCACGUCCUAAGUGAGAGCAUGAAUAAGGCUUUGCAAGAGGAAUUAACAGCACUUAAAGAUGAGAUUUCUCUGUAUGAGUCUGCUGCCGACCUCGGAGUGCUUCCAGGCGACUCAGAAGGAGACCUAAAUGUAGAGCUCACUGAAUCGUGUGUGGACUUGGGCAUUACAAAAGCCAAUCAGAAGCAAUCCAAAGCUAACAGCACUGCACAGCAAGAUGCCCCAAACGAAAAGCUUUCGAAGGAUGAGGUUAUCCUGAAGUUGAAAACCCAAGUUCAGCGCUUGCUGACCAGCAACUCCGUGAAGCGUCAUCUGGUGUCUCAACUACAGAGCGAUCUCAAAGAGUGCCGUGGGACAGUUGAUGCUCUCCAGCAAGCGAAGGACGGAAACACAGGCAUGGAGGCUAAAACAGAUACCUCUGGAGGAACAGCUGAUCAGUUUCGGCUUGAUUCUUCUGAGACAAUUAGAGAAGACAUUGUGCGACUGAAAAGUGAAGUUCAAGUCUUACAGCAGCAGAACCAGCAACUUAAAGAAGCUGAAGAAAAACUGAGAAGUACAAAUCAAGACUUGUGUAACCAGAUGAGACAGAUGGUCCAGGACUUUGACCAUGAUAAGCAGGAAGCUGUGGAUAGGUGUGAAAGAACUUAUCAGCAGCACCACGAAGCCAUGAAGGCUCAGAUCCGAGAGAGUCUUUUAGCAAAGCAUGCUGUGGAGAAGCAGCAUCUCCUUGAGGUCUAUGAGGGGACGCAGUCACAGCUCAGGUCUGACCUGGAUAAGAUGAACAAGGAGAUGGCUUCCGUGCAGGAGUGUUACCUGGAAGUGUGCAGAGAGAAGGACGAGCUAGAAUCUGCUCUCAGGAAGACCAUGGAAAAGGCUCAGGAGCAGAGGAGACAGCUUUUAGAAGACAGAGAAGAAUAUGUAAGCAAACUGAAGUUAGAACUUGAAGAAAAGUACCAAGAAACUCUUAAGACAGAAAAACAGAACUGGCUGAAAGAGCAAGAAGCCCGUGUUAAAGAGCAGGUUGAGAAAGAGAACAUACAAAAACUUGUUCAACAGCUGGAAAAGGAGUGGCAGGCCAAACUGAAUCAGAAUAUAAAGGCUCUGAGAAAGACAACUUCAGACUGUGGCAGUCAGACCGACCAGGGCGGCCCUCCUGAUGCCCUUCCUAUGGCGGAAGCAGCAGUCCUGACAGAGGAGCAGGCUCGCAAGGCCCAGUGGGAGUUAGAGCAGGAGAAGGAGAUGGCUGUCAAGGAAGCUUUGAGGAAGCUGGAAGUUGAGUUGGAGCUCAAGCACUGUGAGAGCAUUACACAACAGGUGGAAACAGCUGUGCAGAAUGCCCGCAGUCGCUGGCUACAGGAGCUGCCCAAGCUUGCAGAGUACAAGGCGCUGCUGAGAACCCAGCAGCAGGAGUGGGCGGAGCAGCAGGAACUGGCCAUGGCGCAGAGGCUGUCACUUGCUCUCUCUGAAGCUAAAGAGAAAUGGAAAAGUGAGCUUGAAAAUGUGAAGCCAAAUAUAAUAGCUGUCAAGGAACUGGAAGAGAAAAUUCACUCUCUCCAGAAGGAACUGGAGUUAAAGGAUGAAGAAGUCCCUGUGGUUGUCAGGGCUGAGCUGGCGAAGGCUCGAACUGAAUGGAACAGAGAAAAACAGGAAGAAAUUCAUAGGAUUCAAGAACAAAAUGAGGAAGAUUAUCGGCAGUUUUUAGAUGAGCAUCGAAAUAAAAUUAACGAGGUGCUUACAGCAGCUAAAGAGGACUUUGUGAAGCAGAAAACUGAACUACUUCUUCGGAAGGAGACAGAAUUCCAGGCAUCUCUGGACCAGAGUCACAGGGAGUGGACAGUGCAGGAGGCUGAGCGGACGCAACUGGAAAUCCAUCAGUAUGGGGAAGACAUCCUCACUGUGCUUGAGUUUCUCCUACGGGACACCCGGAAGGAGGACGCUGGUGAUUCACAGGACAGGCAGCUUUUGGAAGUCAUGUCAGUUUGUUCUUCAAAAUGGAUAUCUGUGCAGUAUUUUGAGAAAGUAAAAGCCUGCAUACAGAAAGCACUUCACGAUACGGUGCCCUUGCAUACAGACAAUGCCGCCUCCGAGUGGGAAAAGAGGAAUAUGGUUAAGACCUCCGUAGAUCCUGUCAGCUGGAACACUGGCCAAGGAGACCCUGGAGUCCCAGCACCCCUUCCUGUCUCCACCUCUGGACGCUGUGCUCAGUCCUUGGCUUUGCCAGAAGCAGAAGCGGAAACUGAAGAGAACAGCAGAGUGAUUGAAGAACUAAUAGAGGAAAACAAUGACAUGAAGAAUAAGUUGGAAGCCCUGAGGGCCCUUUGCAGAUCACCGCCACGGUCGCUGUCUGAAGGAGCCAUUGAGACCUCAUGGCCGCCAUGCAGUAGGCAGGCCUUGGAAGAACUCCGUGGGCAGUACAUUAACGCGGUUAAAAAAAUUAAACGUGACAUGCUUCGAUACAUUCAGGAGAGCAAGGAAAGAGCUGCAGAAAUGGUAAAGGCAGAAGUGUUACGGGAACGGCAGGAAACUGCCCGGAAGAUGCGCAAGUAUUACCUGACUUGCCUUCAGCAGAUCCUGCAGGAUAAUGGAAAGGAGGAGGGAGCGGAGAAAAAGAUUAUGAAUGCUGCUAGCAAACUCGCUACAAUGGCAGAGCUGCUGGGGACAAUCGCGGAGUCAGACUGCGGAGUCAGGUGUGCACAGGCAGGCCCCUCAGUAGCAUUUCCCUUGACUUCAGAGAUGCUGAUGGGCGUUGAAAGAUCAGAAAGGAGCGAUGUGAAUCAGAGUAUUCCACAUUACAGUGAACGCAAACCAAACAGUGGGAAAACCAUCCCCAGAAGUGUGUGUGAGCAAGUUCCUAGGCGGACGGCUGCAUCUGGUUUACAGAGGCGCUUAGAGGAUCCAGAACACAGAGAAAGAAAGCCCGUGCCUUCCACAGCUUCGCCUUCAGACUGUCAGUGUGGGGAAGGGAGCUGCAGGCCCCCAGACAUCUUGGCAAAGAACGUUGCUCCUGAGUUUAUUCCAUGCAGGGGUGAAGGCGGCUUGGAUUUGCGCGAGAAGAAAGACCCACCCAGUCGAGCUGGCUCUGAGUCACUUCUUCAUUCAGCCACCCCUUUCCUCAGAACUGCCGAAAAGAAGUCUUCACCUAGAUGCGCUUCAGGAUCCGUCCACCCACGCCUUAGAGGUCCCAGUGAGACGCCAAGGUUCAAAGCACUUAUGUGUACCGAGAGUGCCGCAUCUGAGAAGAGUCGGGGUGUGGGCACUCAGGACCCUCCAGUGAAGGAUGGAGGGGGCCCCAGUGGCUCUCCAGGCUGGCUUUCUGAUAGUGCUCUACCCUGUGGCAGUCGGGCUGGGCUGUCUCUGGACGAGAGCUCCCAAAGUACUCGGGAGGUGCUGGGGGACUCUGUUCAAUUGCAACAAUUCUCAGCAGUCUGUCUACCAGAUGCCCAGAAAAAUGAUCUGGAUUGUCAGAGUGGUUACCCUGCAGAACUGCCCAGAGAAGCCCUGCAUUCCCAGCAAAGGAGGAUGGGCACGCCUCUGGGCCACUCACCCCAGCAGGCCACUGAUAUGUUAAAGCCAGACUUCAGAAAACUGAGUGGCCCAGGACCAUCUUCAGUGUGUCAGAAGCCUUCGAGAAAGUUAGCUGCUCCCCUGACUAGCCAACAAGAUAGUGGCUUUGACAGCCCAUUUGCCAAUCUAGACUAAUCAUGUGCCCUAGUUUAGAAGAAUCAAUACUAUUUACACGAGGGGCUGGAUGGGAAUCCUUUAUACUGAAAAUCAGUUCCGGGGUCUGCCAGUUUUCAUGUGCCCGAGUAAAGUUUUCUCAUGCAAUCACUUGAGGUUUGGUGGUGCUGUGCUGUGUGAUCUGCUUCUGUGUGGCGCUUUCGUCAGUUGCCCAGCCCUCUGCUUUUAUAUUUAUAUGCUGACUUAUUUGCAGUGUUAAAGUAUUUAAUAAAGUUGUGUGUAAUCUGUA